AUGACGUCCCUCGUUGAUACAGCCAUCACAACCAGCCAUGAGAUCCCAACAAAUAAUCCUGGAAAGCUUGUCAUGCAACAGGACCCUGUCGAGAAGAAGAAAGCAGAGAAACUUGGAGUACAGCUUCCCAAGAAAUACAGACACACCUUUGCUGUGCAUUCUACCACCAGACCGUCAUGCCUGAGCCAGGACUCGGCUGCGCCCACCAGCUUUACUGGUUUCAGGAACCUGGUCCUAGNUUGUUUCCAAUCUGCGGUUGAUGAUCGAGAAUUUCAAGAAGGUAGCUUGAGUCUGAAAUAUGUCGUUUAUGGUAGCAUUCUCUACUUCCUGGUCCCUUGCCAUCUGUUCGUUGCCUACCUCAUCGAGCUUAUUGCUGCUCAGCAGGCCAAGGGCGCUCUUGCCAGAGCCAAAAAGAUGGGCGUCGAUGCAGCAGCGAACUCAAGUCAACGAAGGCAGGAGCUACGAACCUUCCGCACAGCAUGGCACUUGAUCGCCUUCGCACAUGGCGUCAAUGCUACCCUCAACUUGGCCCUUGCAACCUACGUUGUCUACUACCAUAUCCACCAUCCCGGUAUUGGCACCUUGUGCGAGCUACACGCUGUGAUUGUAUGGCUCAAGACAUGCUCUUAUGCUUUCACCAAUCGCGAUCUGCGACAUGCCCUGCUAUAUCCUUAUGCAAGCGAAGUCCCCGAGCUUUACAGUUCCUGUCCGUACCCACAGAACAUCACUCUACACAACCUCACUUACUUCUGGUGGGCUCCAACGUUGAUCUACCAGCCAGUGUAUCCCAGAACUGAGAAAAUUCGCUGGCCUUUCGUCUUUAAGCGUUGUGUCGAAGUCGUUGGACUCAGCAUUGUCAUCUGGAUUGCCAGUGCCCAAUACGCAGCUCCACUUCUCAAAAACUCUCUGGGAACCAUAUCUUCGCUGGACUUGCCGUCUAUCGCCGAGCGUCUCAUGAAGCUGUCAACCAUCUCGCUCUUCUGUUGGCUAGCUGGAUUCUACGCCCUAUUCCAAUCUUUCCUGAAUGCCCUCGCAGAAGUGAUGCGCUUUGGCGACAGAGAGUUCUACGGGGAGUGGUGGAAUAGCAGUGGAGUGAGAGGAUACUGGUCCAGCUGGAACAAGCCAGUCUUCCAAUUCAUGAAGCGACAUAUCUAUUCGCCGAUGGUUGGGCGAGGCGUGCCGCCGCUCGUCGCUCAGAUCAUGACCUUCCUUUUCUCUGCAGGUGUGGCUUUUGCUGGUAUGAUGUUCCAAUUGCCCUUGAUCUUCCUAACAGAUCCGCUGGCCAGAAUGAGAGGAGGCAACGGAAAACUUCUAGGCAACCUCAUUUUCUGGAUCUCUUUCUGCCUUGUUGGUCAACCACUAGCUGCACUCAUGUACUNNUUUUUUGCCUGGCAGGCCAAGUAUGGCAGUGCCAGCAAGCCUCAGCUUUGGAACACCGCAUAA